UAAAAUAAUAGCUUAAACAAUUUCAAUGUAUCUUGAAAUCAUUUCGUGCGGGUGUUCGUGAAAAAAAAGUAGCAGCAAGUCAUGAAGUCAUCUACCAAUUUUUGGUUAUUUGUGUUUUUGAUCUCUAAGUUAUCGGCUUGUUGAAUCUCUAAAAUGUGAUUAAUUAUUAAUUAAUCUGUAUACGUCAAUGACCUGCCUCCAACCUUAUAGGACAUGCCAUAGACAGGAACACAACAUUACGUAUAGCUGGUAACACUAACCAGUAAGAUUGUUUGUUCGGCUUUGGGUGUCAGCCGCUUUGUAGUUUUGCGUGAUAAUUAUAGAAAUAAUCAGUGCUAUCGUUGUUUAAGUGAAUAGAAAAUGGUCUAACUAUUGUGCGAUGACUUUAAUACCGCCUAAUCGCGCAUAUUGUAUGUAAUACUGUGGUGCUUCCGCCAUGACAAUGGGUUGCAGGGUCGGAAAGUAUCCCGCGGCACUUGUUCUAUAUUUUCUGUGUAUGGGACUAUGGUAUCCAAUUUUAGCUCAAGAUGUAGUCGCGGUGAAGAAUAUAACUUUAUCGAAAGGCGACGUGGGCGAGACUGCAAACGUCAGCUGCGUCGUCACUCCUGAGACGGCGAGAAUCACGUGGCUGUUCCAAGGAAACCCUCUACCACUGAACAACAGUCGACUGAACCUGACGUCUCACGAAAGUGUACUGCACGUACGUGACCUUGACGGGGCCUCGAUCAAGUCCAAUACAUCCACCCUGACUAUAACAAACGCGACAUCUGACGACGCCGGCAACUACACGUGUUUAGCCACCAAGGGCGAUGCGAGUGACUCGAAAGUCACUGUGUUAGACCUCAGCUUCCCGGCAAAACUGAUCAGCAAGACGGAUACAAUCAAGGAGAAUUUUACUAAUCAUGCUAAUGUCACUAUGAAAUGUGUUUUUGAAGUAUACAAACCAACUGAAGUGAAAUGGUUCAAGAAAAUUAUAGACGAAGACGUACUACUCUACGCGGAUAAAAAUCCAAAACGCAUAAACGCUAAACAGAUCGAAAGUCUAUACAGACUUCUAAUACAAGACAAAACUGUCGACAACGGCACUUACUCUUGUACUAUAGAAGAUACCGUCACCUCCUCAAAUAUCACCGGAGAUAUAGCCCUCCUAGUAUUCUCUGAACCCCAAGUCAAAAUAGACACAGUCAUAGCUAUCAACACCUCACAGCUCUACCUAAACUGGACGGUAAACGCAUUCAAUUCACCCGUCUUGGGCUACACUCUAAUGUAUCUUCGCGACCAAAUAGAUUCAGGAUACAAUCUGGCUACAUCCAAAAUAGAUCCGAAGAACACUUCGUACGUUUUGGGGAAUCUGGAUAAUUCUACGGCGUACAGAAUCAAAUUGGAGGUGAUAACCGCUCAUGGCGUCAGCAAACCUCAUACUUACGACUACGUUGUGAAGACAUUGGCCAAAGAACCGAUUUUUGUCCCGAAUAUUUCUAUUAACGGGUUCUCGGCGACGUCGGUCACGAUUGGUUGGGCGCCGCCUCCGGCCGAUAUAGCUGAACUGAUUCAUUACUACCUGUUGGAAGCUAGGAAGAAGGAUGAUGAUAAGGAUGUACCAAGAACAGCUUACCAUCAGAGGGACAGCAGGAAUCUACCGUACAUGUUCGAUAACCUUGAACCUCAUAGCACUUAUGUGUUUAAGGUGAAAGCAUGUUCUGACUUCUCAAAGACCUGUGGACAAUGGUCGGAGAAGAUGGAGGCGGCGACCCUGGACGGUGUCCCCGGGAUGCCCAGCAAUGUCCACGUGAGGUGCAGCGUGGAUUACCUCAACCUCACCUGGAGCCCCCCGUUGAGGCCUAAUGCUGAAAUUAAAGGAUAUACUAUGGAGAUAACUGGGAAUGCAACCUACAUGGAUCGUAACGGAGUGCAUAAGUUGGCAACAUGGGGUCCAUUGUCCAAAUUCAUGACAAAUGAUUCAACAAGUACUAGAGUGAACGACCUACCGCCGCAGACCAACUUCACAAUCCGCCUGAGUGCCAUGACUCGCACGCGGCGGCGCGGCGAAGAGAACGUCACGUACUGCCGCACGCUGCCCGCUCCACCUGACCACCCGCCCAGGCCAAGGUGGCGAAAGAUAUUAGAGAACAGCACAUACAUGUUCAAAAUGUAUUUACCAAGGAUAUCAGAGAGAAAUGGACCUAUCUGCUGUUACAGGAUAUACAUGGUUCACCUCCCGUCCCAUAUAGACUGGAAGAACCUUCCUUCUUCAAGGGAUAUCAGCGUUAUAGAUUACAAGGAGGCCCACAGCGCUCAACCCAAACUCGGUGCUUAUAUAGCUGAUGUCUUCUCGCAUGACAGGUUCCCACGUGACUCAGAACUCGUCUUAGGCGAUGAUAAGACGAUAUUCGACAAGCAAUCAGAUCCUACACUCAACCGGGAUGAAUGCAGACGCUGUCUCAAGCGGCCCAAGAGAGUCCAUCACGAACCGCCGCCGCCCCCGCCGCCGCCUAUAGUCACUACGACGACAGAUGUCUUCGAAGAUACUACUGAUGAUGCUGUGGAAGUGAAUAGGGAGAGACGGAAUGCUGACAGUGACUACAGUAACAACCCAACAAUGUUGAACAAACCGGACGAUGAUUCAGAAGUCCGGGUCAGAGAUGGCCCUCUCGACUCAAACGCCAACUAUACGCUGUUUGUGGAACUAAUCACGGGUUCGAACCCAGACGACUCAUUGUUCAGUGACUACACGUUGUUCCUGAUGCCCGCACCCAGCCCGCCUGUACCUACACCAUCCUCCGUGCUCGAGAUUGCCCUGCAGGUAUCGUGCGCAGUGGCGGCGGGCGUGCUGCUGCUGGUGCUGGCGCUGUGCGUGCGGCAGGCGCGGCGCGCGCGCAAGCUGCCGCACGCCGCGCACAGCGACAACCCGCUCUCCAAGGCCAUGAGAUACUGGUACAGCAUCCGCGGGCGGCAGCAGCUGGUGUCCUCGGUCCCGCCCGAUAUCCCGCCCAUCCCCAAGGACGAGCUCGCCAACGCCUACGCGCAGAGGCAGGUCGACUCCGACUACGGCUUCCAGAAGGAAUUCGAGUUGUUACAGAUGAUGCCAGCCAGCUUCGACCGCACUACCAAUGCUUCAGAAGCCAGAGAGAACCAGCCCAAGAACCGCUACCCCGACAUCAAGGCUUACGAUCAAACCAGGGUCAAACUCUCCCAGAUCGACAGUAUCACCGGCUCGGAUUACAUCAACGCUAACUAUGUUAUGGGAUACCAGGAGCGCAAACAAUUCAUAUGCGCGCAAGGUCCCACCGAUACAACGGUCAACGAUUUCUGGAGGAUGAUCUGGGAGCAUGGUCUCGAGCUGAUCGUGAUGCUGACCAACCUCGAGGAGUACUCCAAGGUCAAGUGCUCGAAGUACUGGCCCGAGGAGAGAUCCAGCCGCGCCUUCGGGAAUAUCACAGUACACCAUAUUGGAGAGAAGAGAUAUUCGGACUACAUAGUACGAGAGCUGAAGAUAAGCAGACAACCAACUAAUUCUGACGGACAACCUAUCGUUGAGAACAACGGAGUCGCUAAGAGGAAUGGAGACAUCAAAGAGCCCUCAGAGUCAAGCGCUCCGACCUCCCCUCGCGAGGUCAAGGACAACUCCGAGGUCCGCAUCGUGAGGCAGUACCACUUCCUCAUGUGGAAGGACUUCGCCGCGCCAGAGCAUCCACAUUCCAUACUCAAGUUUAUUAAGAGGGUAAACGAGGCCUGGUCGGGCAUGGUGGGCCGACCGGUAGUGGUCCACUGCAGUGCGGGCGUCGGUAGAACUGGUACUCUGGUGGCCUUGGACUGCCUGCUGGACCAGCUUCGGGCCACGGGACAGGUUUCCGUAUUCAACACCGUGGCCGAGCUACGGCGACAGAGGAACUUCCUAGUGCAGUCUCAGAAACAGUACGUGUUCGUGUACCGCGCGCUGGUCGAGUUCGCUCACUACGGCGACACGGAGAUCAGCGCGUCGCGACUGAAGCCCGCCGUCGACCGCCUCAGGAACACGCCCGACCACGCCGACAAGUGUCUCAUGGAGGUCGAGUUCGAGAAAAUGCUGAACAGUCCAGUAGCAGAACCACUCAAAUCCAUGGGAGCAGGUGCUGGUGACGAGUUGCGCGCUCGGAAUCGAAGCCCGGAGUGCCUCCCGUACGACCGCAAUCGCGUCAUACUCACCCCUCUGCCCGGCAGGGACUACUCCACGUAUAUCAACGCUUCGUUUAUUGAAGCCUACGACACGACAGAAGGGUUCAUAAUAACUCAGGACCCUCUGCCAAACACCAUCAUGGACUUCUGGCGGAUGGUCUCCGAACAUAAUGUCACCACCAUCGUUAUGUUGAGUGAACUGGGCGAAGGCAAGUGCCCGCGGUACUGGGACGACGGUACCAUCCAAUACGAGCACAUCUCGGUACAGUACGAGGAGAGCGAAUCCUGUCCCUACUACACGAGGAGACAGUUCAGAGUCACUAAUGAUAAGAGCGGCGAAGCGCAAUGCGUCCGGCAGCUGCAGUACCAGGGCUGGCCCACGGCGCGCGGCCACGUGCCCGAGGUGACCCGCGGGCUGGCCGAGCUGGCCGACGCCGCCGCGCCGCCGCACGCGCCGCCCGCGCCGCUGCCGCACUCCGGGACCAUGCUCGUGCACUGCCAACUGGGCACGGAGCGCUCGCCGCUGUUCGUGGCGCUGUGCACGCUGAUCCGCGCGCUGCGCGUGGAGCGGCGCGUGGACGUGAGCGCCACCGCGCGCGCCGUGCGCUCGCAGCGGGCCAGGACCAUCGACACCUUCUUACAAUACGAAUUCCUGUACCGUGCUAUCCUGAACUACGCGGAGCUACACAACCUACUGGAGGACAGUUAAGCACAUCUCACAACCAUCUCAGUACACCUGUGCUUCAAACUCCGCCUUCUAAAGGUCCUGUACAUAAAACCAUUCAUGUGACCUUUAGUUACUCAUACUGCCAGAAUUUUAGAGCUCUGAUGUAUAAAACAAACGUAAUUUUGCAAUUAAAAUGCACUUCUUGAAUGUUAUCGAUUGAAAAGUUAAAGAACAUAAUAUCGAUUUUUGACAAUCGAAUAGGAAAUCGAUAAAAUAUCGAUGAUGACAAUCGAUUAGAGGUCCUACCAGCAUAGCUCACAGGACCAUUACAUCUUAAUAAAAUGUAAUAAAAACAAAGAGCUCUAAAUUCAAAACGUAAUUUCGGCAAUCAAUGCCUCCCUUGUAAGACACAAUUUAAGUGUCUUCUUAUUUAUAAUGGCAUGGACUCUAAGGCCUAUACCUAUGACAACCCUGGAACGCAGUAAGCGGACUCAAUCGAACAAUAUACAUUUAAGACUAAUUUUUAAGUAUACAUUUUGUAUAUUUGGUGUUUAUUUUACAGUUUAUAUAUGUAAGUCAAACUCUAUGUAUGCGAUAACCCAGUUUUUUUUAUUAAACUUUCAGAUUAUUAUAUGGUCAGUUCAAUAUACCAUAAAAUUGCUUGAACAUUGAUAUUUUUUCGUUUUUCAGUAUAGGGAAAAUUCAUUAUUUCCAAACUAUGAUUUGUUUGAGAAAAUAUAACUCGAAACCAGCCCUACUGCUCACUGUAGGUGCUUUUAGAUAUUUUUGAAACAAGUUUUUACUUGCUUACGAAUUUAUAAUAUCAAUUUUGGUAUAGAAAUUAUUGUGAAAUGAUAUUUGUCUAAAACUGAUUGUAGUUUAUUUAAAAACCUAUUUAAAGUGGUAUUUAUCCGUAUUAUAUUAUACAAUUUGUAAAAGCAAAGCCAAAUAUUUCUGACCAUAAUUAUAUAUUUCAUUCGACCAACGAUAUUUUUGCAAAUGAAAUCUAAUAUAUAAAAUUCCCGUGUCGAUGUUAGUUACCGUACUCCUCCGAAACGGCUCAACCGAUUUU